AUGGAAACCACCGACCGAACCGUAUCUGCUGCGACAAGCAAGAGCAGCAGCAAAAAGUUUGCUUUCAGUGCGGAAGAAGCUCAACAUUCCUUUAAAACCACCGAUAAGCAUAUUACAGUGGUGUGUACCGAGGGCAAACACGAUCGUGGCAGCUCGAAGAUCAAGCUCGUCAAUGUGGUUAACUUUAAAUGGGAACAGAAAAACUACCCUGGCAGGUUGAUAGCAUGCCACAAGGAUUGUUUCCUGCUGGCUUACUCGAUUCGAGUAACAAAGCAGUCGAAAAGCGAAAGUAUGGUACGGGUAGCGCACCUGGAUCUACCCGAGCGGGGCCUCAUCAAGGGUCUUUCGGACGAAAUUCUUGACCUGCAGUUUUCGCACAACAGCACGUACGACUGUUUGCUUGGCAUCAUCGAGCGGACAACGCUACACGUGCACAAGGUGCUGGUGAAAGGUGACAAGGUAACUACCGCGCUCAAGGUGAAAAUUGUCGAUCCACUCGACGGGCAUGUGCCGGUCUGCGAUCGUAUUACCUGGUGUCCGUACUUGAACGAUGAAUCCGACUAUAGCGAUGAUUUCGCCAAAGAACUGCUCGUCUGGACGCGCGGUUCCACCUUCCAGUGCUACAGUAUUAGUGCGCUGACGAAAUCGUACAUCGAUACGACCGAUCUGAAAGCGUCCGAUAUCGAGGAAGGUGGAUUUAAGGCAAACGAUGGCGAUGCUACCAUCACGGGCAGCGUGUUCUCCGAUGAUGGUACAACGCUGGCACUCAGCUCUAGCGAUGGAUUGAUCCGAUUCUACCAAGUGUACCAGCACGCAAACGAUCGUUCACCGAGACGAUUACAUCUGUGGAAACCGCACGACGGAAAAUCGAUCACAAGCUUCUUCUUCUUGGACAAUUACACCGAAACGGUGAACAACAAAACGAUCUGGAAGCAUGCGAUCACGUGCGCGGAGCACAAUUCCGAGAUAAAGGUGUGGUGCUGCGAAUCGUGGGAAUGUUUGCAAACGGUUCGCCUAACAUCGCCGAUUGCCGAUACGACACUACACUUUAAGGCAGAAAUUGACAUCUCCUCUACGUAUCUGGUGCUAACCGAGCGUACUACGAGGCAAAUCUAUGUGCUGCAGAUACGCAAAGGUAAAGGCACUGCUUCACCCGUGACCGAAACGGAACUUCCCUCGAAAAAGGCUAUCCUCACGAAGGAAAGUACGUCGACCCGCUCGAUUGUACAACCGUACAUCGUUUCGAUAGCGGAAUAUCCACUGUCGGCGUCAGUACUAGGGUUUGCAAUCCUGUACGCAUCAUCGAGCAGCUCCAAGUAUGGUGAUUACGAGGACGAAGACGACGAGGAUCAAACCUCACCGCAGUGCGUUUUAAUUCGCAUGUUUCUGGUGCAACCGAACAAUCUGCAGGACUGUACGCUUAUGUACGAAGCAAUACCGGAAAGUGAUAGCGAUCUGCUACUUUCCGACGAUCUAGGGGACGAAGCGGACCGAGAUGUGGACGUAACUGAAAGUCAGGAAAAUUCCUCUUCGGUGACAUCAUCUGCUUCGAGCGAAACGACCGACAAUAAUGUGUCGCAUCCAGCCUCGGAAGAAGACGAUGAUUUGGCAGCGAAACGAAAGGCAACGAAGGCGGCGGUGGACGUUAACAAUGGUGACAACACUCAUGACGAAGGAUCAGACAAUCCGGAUACGGAGGAGAAGGGAGCGAAACCGUUAACGGAUAAAAUGGCCGAAGCAGCUCAGAAACUGAACGAUGUAUUUGAAGCAAUCCGCACGGCUAAAACGUCCGCGGAAGGUACGAACGUCGUUAGUGGUGGUACGAGCGCACCGACCACACCGGCCGGCAGCAGCACCAAAGUGAAUCUUAUGACACCUGACUCAUUUAGCACGCCAGUCAGCAGCGGCAGCAGAUCAGCUGGAAAGGAGAACUUAAAAGAUGUGCGCAUUAUCAACCUUUCCGAGCUGCCCUAUCCCGAAAUGGAAACGAUCAUGAAUCAGUACGACCGGCGAACUACCACCGGUAGACGACACGGUCGGGUUACGGCUGCCAAUGCGACCACCACAGCUACCACCACCUCGACCGGUGCCAGGAAUAUCAAUGCCUCCGUCACAAGUACGGCCAGUGCGAACGGAAGUGUGUCUAGCGAUAGUACCAGUUCCUGCGAAGACCAGGAAGAAGAAGGUGGUGGCAACACUAGUGUCGCAUCGGUAGCCGGUUCGGAACGUAUCGCCAACAUUACCGACGAUCUUGAUGAUGAUGGGGAAGUGGAAGACGAUGAGGAUGAAGAUGAUGAGGAAGAGACCAAAGUGGAGCCAGAGAUCAUUUCCACGCAGGUUAAAAGGAAAGGUGGGAAGUUAGGAUUUGCGUUAGCGAAUGGUGUUGAACAAUCGAAAGGGCGAAAGGGUCCCAGCAGCACACCAUCUACUGGGGCAUCAGUUCAGCAGGGAGGCAUUCUGAAUGUUUCGCGAACGUCACUAAAUAUGGAACAUUUUACUAAAAUACUAACGCUAGACGAAGCAGAACCACCGACGGUUCGAGAAAAAAUUAAAAACGAUGAAUCCGUAAAGCCGGAAGUGCUCAACACACUGUUUAUGCUGGCAAAGGCGACUCAACAACAUCAACAGCCGCCAGAACCGCCAGCAUCAGUUACGGAACCACCUGGUGGAAUCGAGCUUGCUUUUGUUAACAUGAUGAAAAGUUUGUCGGAACAGAGUGAAGAGAAUGCGAACGGUAAGACAAAACACCGCAGCUCUACCAACAAUGGGCCGGCCGGUAUGACGCAGGAGAGUGGAAUGGAUGCUCCUGCGGUACCUCCGAUGCCAUCCGCCGAAAUGCUUGCAAGCGGUGGUUCGAGCCCAAGCCGGGAAGUGCAACAGAUUAUGUCGACCAAGGGUCAAGUUAUCAGCAUGGUGGAAGAUUUGUUUAUGUACUCAUGCGUGGAACGGAAAGACGAUUACGAUGCGGAGGAGGAAGACGACGAGGAGGAGGGCGUAGUGAACGUGACGGACCGGUACGAUGAGGAGGAUGGUGUGGUGGUAGUUGCAAACGGUACCGACGACAAUCCGGACGAGGAAGCGGAUGAUAAAGACCCAGAACCCGAUGCGGCUGAUGUGAGUGUUUUACUGUCCGAAGAAAAGGCAACGGUUGCGGUUUCUGCCCUCAAAGAACCGAUGGAGGGUAGCAGCAGCAGCAGCAGCACGGUCAACACGAUUGCGUUGGAAGAAGCCAAACGAGCUAAGGAAACGACUCUGGGCAGCGGAUCAACCGACGGAGUAAAGGCAAGAGAAGAAACAACCGAUUGGCCCUCAAAGGUACCAACGGAUGUUCCAACGCCGACGAUGACCACUGCCACCGUGCACGGGACAGAAUCGUCGAAAGAAAUCGCGGAACUGAGCAGCAAGAUGGACCGCAUGAUGGAACUGCUGCUAGCCCAGUCACAGCAGAUCGGCGAACUGAACGUGCAGCUGGAAGCGUUGAAAAAGGCCAAAGCCGAAGAGCAACGACGGUCUAGCUCUGCAAUGAACCGGCUCGGUCAAACACUUCCGAAAGCAAUCGAAACCCAGCUGGCGCCGCUGCUCGUGCAGCACACGCUAAAAAUCGAGGAAACGCUGCUCACCUGCUUUAACAACCAGCAGACCCGGCUGGCCGAAACACUCACGCACCUACCUCAGGCCAUGAUUGCGCAGCUGCCGAGCCGGAUUGCACCCGUACUGUUGCAGGAGAUGCAGAAAAAGCUGCUACCAUCCAUUACCGGCAAGCUGGACCUGGUACAACGGGCAAUCGGCACGGAGAUGGCAGAGAAGCUGCACACCAAUGCUGGUGCAAUGCGCGACAUCAUCCAGCGGACCCUUCGUAGUGAGCCCAUCACUAAGACCAUGACAGCCGCUAUACAUACCGGCAUGCGACCGGUACUGAUAGAUGUUUACAACGCAUCGUUAGUGUCCGUCUUACUGCCCACCUACAGCGCAAACUCAAAGGAGCUGUUCCGGCAGCUUAACACCACAUUUAAGGAAGGAAUAGUGGAACUUAUGAAACGUGUCGAUCAUCACGUCGACCGGGUGGAAAAGAUACAGGAACGUACCAAAACAAUUUUGGAAAUGUUCCUCGAAAUGCCGGACAAGUUUGGCAGCGUCGCAGAUGAAUCGGUCAAAAAUGCCGUACGAAUGAUAUGCGAAGGUAUAAAUAGGGAACUGAAUGCACUGGAACCGAAGCUGGUAAAAGCGAUGCGUGACCACAUUGGGGAGGAGAUCGAGAAGGGUUUCCAGGCGCAAACGUCCUCGCUGGAAGAUUCCGUCCUAUCGGUGGUACGGUCCCAGGCACAGACGCCCGCCCCAGUCAAUAUGGACGUGCAGGACCAAAUUAGGCAGUACCUGAGCAAUGGUCAGGUUAACAAAGCCUUCCACCGGGCCCUACUAUCGAACGAUCUGAGCCUGGUGGAGUUUUUGCUGGAGCGGGCCGACCACAAGCAGGUGUUCAAUCCGUGUCCGCUCGAGCAAACGGUACUGCUGUCGCUGAUACAACAAAUCUCCGCCGAUAUGGCUAACCACAAUGAACUAAAACACAAGUACUUGUCCGACGCAAUCGUUAGUCUAGACCCUAUGGAUCCGGUCACGAAGGAACAUUCGCCGAAGGUGAUGCUCGAGCUCAUUAAGAACUGUCAGAAAUUUAUGUCCGACAAUCCAUCCAAUCCGCUCUGUACCAGCCUGAAAAUGUUGGUCAUUGCCGCACAGUAUAUGGGUUUCAAGAACAUCUGAUAUCUGCUGAAAUAGCAGCAGCAUCAGCAGCAACAGCAACAAACACGGCAAUCCAAGACUGACGGCACCUGAAUUCAUUCAAGCAUCCCGCCCGUUUGUAAACCUCAAGCAAUCGAACCAUCAAUUCA